GAGAGAGAGAGAGAGAGAUUGAUUCUCAGGAGCCUAAAUAAAUCACCACACGCACACAAAGUGUCUCCGAUUCCCAAUACGUGGCCCGUGGCCAUCUGCGACCACACCCGCCUCUCGGCGCUGACAGGCACCUCUCUGUUUGGUCCCCCUCAAGAUGCAGGAGUGCAACCCUGGGCGGGGUCAGGGCUGGAGACACACAAGAGCCAGUGUGGGACCGGCUUGUGAAGAAGGGAAGGGAGAGAAGGCGCCUGGCCCCCGCAGGACGAGCCUGGGCAUGCUGGGCACUCCCGGGCCGGGCCCCACCCACGCUGGACGCCUCCUUGGGAAAAGAAGGACAUCCCAGUGUCCGUAGCCGCUCUGCUCUCGUCGGGCAUUAAGUGACCAAACACAUGGACGGGGUGAAGCCCCGAGGCUGCAAGGAGCAAUGACCCUGGGUUCUGACCUCACCCCAGGCUGAAGGUGGGUCUGGAUCCGCCCCUCCCCGGCUUCCUAUAAGGACAGGGGACCUGGGACUGCAGGUUCACACACCAUGAGGCCACCCACGAGACCCGGGAGCUUCCUGCUGGCCACUCUGCUGCUCUGCGCCCUCCUGGGUCUAGGACGCCCUCUAAGCUGUGAGGUGUGUAAGGGAUACGGGCCCACAUGCACCGGGAAGAUGAAGACCUGUGAAGCUGGCAAGGAUACCUGCGUGGUCCUGGUGGGCGAGUCCAGCACAAAGGGCCACAAAUCCGUGAGCAUCUACAAGAACUGCAUGAAACUCAGCGACUGCUACUCGGGCUUUGUGUCCACCACCAUGAGCCGUGACGACUACAUGGUCACCAACACCCGCUGCUGUCAGAGCGACGGCUGCAACCGUGGCACGGUACCCCUCCCCCAGAACAACCGGACGGAGAAUGGCCUGAUGUGCCCGUCUUGCAUCGCGCCCUUCCAGGAGACGUGCCCGGGGACUCAGGCAGCCCGCUGCGUGGGCCAGGAAACCCACUGCAUCUACUUUGCAGGCAACGUGCAGGCUGGUAUCUUCAACACCAAAUUUGCCACACGGGGCUGUGCUACUGAGAGUGCCUGUUACACCAAGGCUGGUGCCGAGGUGCCCUCGGCCUCCUACCUCUACUUCCUGAGGCGAGCUGACUGUCUGCCGGCCCCCUGGCCCCCAGGCAGGGCUGAGUGAAGAUCCCAGCUCUCCAUCUAUCCUGUAAAAGUAAAUAGUUA